CAUUUGAUCUCUCUACAGUGCAAGUGUGUGUUUUUUAGUACGAACGAAAGUCAGAAAACAAUAACGGAAAGCAAGAGAUUUUUUCAACUGAAAAUUACACAAAAAUAGAACAUAAGCAUCUAUAUCUACUGUAAAGAUAAUAAAUUAAAAACAACUUCAAAAAAUAAUAUGGCAACACUUUGAAAGAUAUAACUGCAGUUUUCUCAGUGCAUUAAAUAAAGUCAACAAACAAACAAGAGAGUGUGUUGAGAAAGAGAAGCAAAAGAAUACAUUUCAAUUAAAGAAUUUAGAAAUGAAAACAUAAAAGCUAAAAAAAGACAUAACAAUACAAACAAAAUAAAUUUUAUAAAUAUAAAAAAACUACUACUACAUUUACAAAACAGUUUUUUUUUCAAUGUAAACGAGAAGAAAAACAAUAGAAAAUAAAGAGAAACAAAAUAGAAAAUAAAAUAAAAUUGAAAUCUCCAGUGACAGUGUGUUAGUUGGAUAAAAAUUCAACUUUCAAAAAUACAAACAGAAACAAAUCAAAAAAAAAAAUUAACAAUAAAUUGUCUAUAAAAUUAUUAAAAAACAAAAAGUGCAAAUAAAAUUUAUUAUGUACAAAUAAAAAAAGCUUUUUUUCUAAAUUUUUUGUGCAAAAAUUUUUGUUGCUUUUAAAUUAAAACAAGUUCAAAAAGGAAUUUGAAUAGAAGUAAAUUGUUAACUGUAAAAAUGGAUAUUCAUUCAAAUUUGGAGUUUUUAUGCCGCGUUUGUGCGGUCAAUACAAAAGGCAAAAACUCAGUAGCAGAAUGUGUUUACAUUUUGAAAACUACCGGCUUAAAGGAUAAAUUGGAUAAAUUUCUUUAUUUAAAGAUUUCGGAAAAUGAUUCUCUCCCUAAGGUUUUAUGUAAAUCCUGUUUUCGUCAGGUGGAGGCCACAGCAUCUUUGUCGAAAAUUGCCAAAGAUACUCAGCAAGUCUUUCGUGAAUUUCUCUUAAGCAAUUUGCCCAAAGGUCCUUCGGACUGUUCAAACACUGCAGAAUUUACUUCGACUGACUUUAUGGGCAAACCAGAUGCUAAAGAAAAAUCUAAAAAAGAAGAUACCCUAAUACAAUUGCCCUUCCAAUCGCCAGCAAUGCUAGCACCACCACCACCGCCUAUAAUGCCAGCUUUAGCAAAUCGCAAAGAAGAGGUGGUGGUUAAUGUUUCGGUAUCCGAUCCCUUAACUAGGGAUAAUCAACAGAAAAUGAUUUCAAACUCUCAGAGAAGACAAAGUCUUUUAUUAGAUUCGCGUUAUACACCCAAAUCUAUAGCGCAAAAACCCGCCACAACUACAACUGCAACAGCCCAAAGGGUGAUGGCAACAAAACAACAGCAAAUUGCUGAAACUACAAACACAACGAAUUUGCCUACAACUACAACUACAACACCAACUUUAAACUUUUAUCCUAUUAAGCAACAACAACAGCAACAAACAAAACAAACAUCGGUAACACUACAACCUUCUACACAAAUAACAACUUUCAGUAGUGGUGGCUAUGUUAUAGGACGCAUUAAUAGUGGCCCUAAUGAAAAGGAAGAACCCAAAAAGAUUACAGUACCUUUGGCCACCACAGCUGAAAAUGUUUUGCAGCAAAAACGCAAGAAUUUGGCUAAAGCCUUAAAUAAUAUAAAGGCCAACAAUUCGGGUCAGGUGUCAUUGUUGAAAUCAUCACAACAGAAGCAAACUACCAGCAGCCAAAAUCCAACAAAACUUCCAUUGACGGAAGUGGUUAAUCAGGCAGCGGAAGAUGAGCUACCGGAUAAAAUAAUAAUAGCUGCUCCCAAAAAUAAAUCAACAGCACCAGAUAAAUCUAAAAAGGAACCCUUAAAUUUGAGUAGCAAAAUAGCUGCCGUGGUGACGCCAGUAUCCCAACUACCCCAAACAACUACCACAGCCACCAUAACAGCUGUACCACAGCAACAACUGCAACUACAGCAAGAACAACCUUCUGGCUUCAACAAUACAUCACCCAAACCCGCCUUUCCUGAGGAUAUACUAUUGGGUCGUGUUAUACGUGAUAUGGAUUUAUUGAAAUUAAUAUUGAAAGCUUUAAAAUGGCCGGUAAAUAAACAAAAUAUGGAAUUACAAUUGCAGCGUUUAAAGAAUUCGAAAUUUACCGAUAUCAUGUCGGAUACAAAUUUAUUACAAGAUACCGAUUUGACCCAACUUCUGGGACCUUAUUUAGCUCCAGUCUUAUUGGCGGCUCAAGCUUUGCAACAGCAACAGCAUCAACAUUUGAAAAAUACCAAUCUUAAUGAUAACAUGUCAGCAGCCUAUAUACAAACAAACAAAAUGACCGCUUUAGAAGCGGCUCAGGCGGAAAUUAAUAAAUCUAUUCCCUAUAAACUGCCACCCGAAACAUCGGUACAAUUAGUACCGGCCACACCAGAAGAAGCAGAACCCACUCCCUCGCCACCUUUGCCCAUAAUAAAUACAAACACCAGCAGCACUUCUCUUCUAAAGAGAGAUAAGCAAAAGGAAACCAAACCAGUUGCCGUACCACCAAAACGACAACGCAGAGCUGCUGCCCAACGUGCUCGGGAUUCUAUUGUUAUAUCCGAUGAAGAGGAAGAUGCUUCCAACGAAGAUGAAGCACCCAAAAAAUCUAGACAACGUUCGUCGAAAUCAGCUGCCAAUAUACAAUUCGAUUUGAAUACCAAUUUUAUGUCACAAUUUAAUUUGCUUAAUUCUGCUGCAGGCAUGGAUGCCAAUGAGGCUUUAAUGGCUCUACUGCAACGGCAAAAGGCAACCAUUAUGAAGAAUAAAAAAGUACAACGAAGACGACGCAAUAGUGUUUCCAAUCUGUUAACGUUGCCGGCCAGUGAAUUUGAUGCUUUAAUAGAUUUAGAUGAUGACAUUGUUUUAAUGGAACCCGUAACUACUACCAGUUCUUCAGAUACCGGCUCAUCAGUUAACAACUUUGAAAUGGCUCCACAGAAAACCGACGCAUCUAAUACAUUUGUUAUACCUUCGGUACCGCUUAUAACGCGGCCCAUUAUAAAACGAAGAAAAACUGUUAUACACUCUUCCAGGGGCAGAUUGGAUUUAACAACAGAUAAGGCUCCUAUUUCUUCCACUGUAUCACCCAGUAAAGAAAAACUUUUAGAGGAAACCAUUAACCAAGUAGCCAGUGGUUUCAUCUCCAACACCCACCCUGAGGUACAAACUAGCUCCGCAAAAGCCACUACCAAUGAAAAUUCCCUACUUUUACCACCUACUGAUCUAGCACAAACAAAAGUUUCUCUACAAAAAAGCAACAAAGUACAAAGCAAGUCCACUUUGGGUCAACAACUUUUGGAGGCUAUAGGUUUGCAAAAGAUAACACCAGAAAUAAUGGGCAAUGCUCAAACCCUAGCAGCAAGCUCAUCCUCCCUAACCGUAAUGCCCAAUAGUAAACAAUCGAUACAACAAAUAAGAACGGCUCUUAAAAAAUCUCUCAAACAGGCUCAAGAGCAGCAACAGCUAAAGAAAAAAGAGUUAUCCUCUUCUUCGGGUAAUAGUACCAUUAUACAAGAUGCUGACUCUACCACUAAGCCCGCUGUAAAAGAAAUAGUGGUUGUUGAAGGUAAAGGCAAUAAAAGUGAUGAUGGCUCUUCUAUGGUGGAUGUAGAGGAACAAAUCGAUAAGGUUACCCUAAUGGUGCGCAGCAAUGACAAGGAUAAUUGUGGCCAGUUGACAAAGCCCACCACAACUACUAGUGUCGAAAAGGCGGAAAAGAAAGAAAUGAAAAAAUCUCCUGUCACUAAGAUUCAAGAACGUCGUCGUACUAUGCCACCUAUGGGAGGUGCAAGAGGAGCUCGCAAUAAUGCUGCUAAAGAAAAAUCGAAUGGUGAGAAACAGCAACCAGAGGAAGAGGAGGAAACUGAAAGUAAAGCAGCAGAAGAAGAGAAUGAAAAACCUGAAAAGGAAGACAACGAUAAAGCGAACAUAAGUUCAUCAUCAUCAUCGAAGGAUGCAAGUGCUAGCCUUAAAGAGGAGGUCUUAACACCAAAACGUAGAGGUCGUAAACGUUUAAUUGAAAAACAUGCAGAAGAGGAAAGCCCAGAAAGUACAGAAAAAGAUAAUAAAACAUCACCUUCCAUACCGGAAAGGUCACGAACCUUUGAUAAAACUAAAGAAGAAGACAAUGAAAGCAAUACUAAAAAUGAAGAAGAAACAACAACAACUGCAAGCAAUAAAACUUCUGGACGUCCCACUAGACAGAGUAAAACUCUUUCCAAAUAUUACAAGGGACCCGAUAAGCCGGCACAAGGCCGACGUUCUUUACCUUCUAGAUCUACUAGAAAUAGAAAAUAUUCUUAGGCUUCAAAAGUCUAAGUUUUUACAAAAUGUUUGGUAUAUUUUUAAGAUAUUUCUUUAUAAAAUGAAUUAAACUUUAUAUUGUUAAUUAAACAAAUAUAAUUUGUUGUAAAUAUUUUAACUAUAACUUUAUGUUAUUUAACA